UGAAACCACCAGGCUGUCGCGUUGUCGUCUCGAUGACGUCAGUGGCGUGACCUGGUCUGAUUGGUGGUCAACACGCAGCGGAGGUUCCUGCUUCCGGUUUCAGAUCAGAUCGGGGACAACGGAGCAGAUCGUGCGGCAUUAUGAGUCAGCGGACAGAGCGGCGGGGGAUACAUGUGGACCAAUCAGACCUGCUGUGCAAAAAGGGAUGCGGUUUCUACGGUUACACAGCAUGGCAGGGUCUGUGCUCCAAGUGCUGGAGGGAGGAGUAUCAGCGGGUACGGCAGAAACAGAUCCAGGAUGACUGGGCCUUGGCAGCAAAGCUGCAACGGGAGGAGGAGGCAGCGUAUGCCAGCAGUCAGGGAGCGCAGUCCCAGCCCCAGGCCCAGUCCACUCCACCACACCCAGGACACGGCUCCCUAGGUCCCUUUUCCAAGUUUGAGGAGAAGAAAACCAAUGAGAAGACUCGAAAAGUGACCACCGUUAAGAAGUUCUUCAGCCCUUCAUCACGCACCGCUUCUAAGAAAGAAGCGCAAGAGGGCAAAUCGCCCAGCCCGUCGAUUAGCCGCCAAACCAGCUUCGAUACAGACCAAGUGUCCAAGGACUUUGUGGACUUUCUGAAGAAUCUCCAGAAGCCCGGCAGGGAGAUCCACAAGCAGUGUCGAGCCUUCAUAGUCACCAUGUCGAGCAAGAAGGAUCUCGGUGCUGAUGAACUUUCAGAGUGCGUUCAGGAUUUCUACCAGCACUUGGCUGACCGCUUGAUGGGUCACUUUAAAGGCUCUUCAGAUUCUGUGGAGCAGGUGAUGGACCAAGUGGAAAAGUACAUAAUGACUCGACUGUAUAAGAGCGUGUUCUGUCCAGAAACCAGUGAUGACGAGAAGAAUGAUCUGGCCACACAGAAAAGAAUAAGGGCUUUACACUGGGUGACCAUAGAGAUGCUCUGUGUGUCCUUUGAUGAAGAAAUCCCUGAAGUCUCUGAUAAUGUGGUCAACGCAAUAACAGAUAUCAUCGAGAUGGACUCAAAGAGGGUUCCUCGGGACAAACUUUUGUGCAUCACACGCUGCAGUAAACACAUCUUCAGUGCCAUUAAGAUCACCAAGAAUGAGCCGGCCUCCGCUGAUGACUUUCUCCCUGCGCUGAUCCACAUCGUGCUCAAGGCGAACCCUCCGCGACUCCAGUCCAACAUCCAGUACAUCACUCGCUUCUGUAACCCCAGCAGGCUGAUGAGCGGAGAGGAUGGAUACUACUUCACCAACUUGUGCUGUGCAGUGGCCUUCAUCGAGAAGUUGGACGCUCAGUCUCUCAACCUCUCUCCGGAUGAAUUUGAGCGCUACAUGUCAGGCCAAGCUUCACCGCGGUUCAGCACCUCAGACGGCGACUGGCCCCACGCUGGUUCGGAACCUGACGUGACCGCCACCAACCCCGCCCUGGCUCAGCUCAAUCACAAUCUGGAGCUGCUGUCGGGCCUCAGCAGCAAGCAGGAGAGUCUGAUGGAGGCCGCUCAGAGCCUGCAGGCCGACCUCAUCGCCUGGCCCGAGGCCGUGCAACGGGAGGUGAACGGAAUCGUGGAGAAAUACCCUCUGGAGAUUAAGUCUCGCACAGUCUCUGCCAUUGAUGCCAACAACAUGGAAAAUGACAACCUACCACCACCGCUCACACCCCAGGUGUUUGCUGGGUAGUGGAGUCUCCAAAGGGAGGAAACGUACUUGCAGCUAAGGUACUCCUGCUUUAAGUCAGCUAACUACCUGUGCUUUGAGUUUGAUGGUAACAUCCCACAUGCAACCAUCUCCAGUAAAGUUUACAGCCUCACCUUGCUGAGUUGCUUCUGCACCUUAAAGGCCCAGUGUCCUAAAUCACUCCUUAUAUCAUAUGUGGUACACUCUUUUUAUUUUAAUAUUUCCACUAAAUGGUGCCCUUAUACAAUGCAAAGAGAAAGGUAAAAUCAGUAGCGUAUACUGCAGCUGUAAUUGAGUGCCUAAUAUAUAUGGAGUAGUGGAUGAGGUAGUGAUUUCAGACACAGCGUCAGUCACACCAGCAUUAUAAACAAUAACAUUUCACACUAUCAAUCAAUACAUUUCAAUAUAAUCACAGUGAUCAGUGGAUUUCCCCACAAGGCAAAGUUAAUCUGCUCCAGUGUUGCCAGAUGUACGCUAAUUAUUGUAUUUGUAUGAUAAUCUUGCCCUCUGUCCGAUCAAUAAUCAACGGUGUGCGAUAAUGUGAUCAUUUUGCGACAUGUAGUAUUAUCAGGUGUAAUCGAUUACGACUCUAUUAACGCAUCUUUUCUCAUGUUAGGACCUACAAGCACUAGCAUGUUAACUAGCUAAAGUUGUUCACCAGCUACCAAAGGAAAGGUCUCACUAUAUUUACUGGCAGAUAAAAAUACAGCUAAUUGUUCUUGUAGUUUCUUAAAGAGGUAAACACUAGUAAUAAUACUAAAUAAAUUACUUGCUAUUUGGACCUUAAACAUUCAGCAUUAUCUGAGUUACUUCAUUGAUCUUUAAAUGUUUAUGGUAUUGCAUUAAAUUGUUCCCCUACAUUGCACAUUUGCUUAUGUUAAAAUGCUGAUGAUGGCUAGUUAUAAAUAUAUAUAUUUAUAUUUGCUUUGUUAAACACGGACUCUCUUGAACUUGUAUUUUAUUUUCAGUGACAAUAACGAUCCGCUUUCACACCUCUGUGUCAACUCACAUUUGGACUGGUUCGAGCAUCUUGAUAUAGGUACAUUUGUACAUUAUAUUGGUUAGGGCAUUAAUAGCAACGCCAUCCUCUUCAAAGCUGCUUCUCUUUCAUCACAUCUGCCAAAUGUCACCGUUUUCACUCUUUGUUUUUCUGUGUGGAGUCAGUUUGACGUUUCAAUAUAGGAACAUAACUCCUUUUCUUGCUGUGUUUUAAUAUUUUGUGUUGAAACCGAAAUCCAGCUGUAAAAAGAAUAGAGGAACCACAGAACGAGUCUGUCAAGUUGUUUGGUUAAAAUAUCAAAUGAACUUAAAAAGCUCCUUCAAUUUUAUUUUUUGUUUUAAUGAACACGUUUCAACAUUGUGCUGACUUUUUAAAAUUUAGUGUCUUGUUAGGCUUUCCACACAUUUGUUUCUAUAAUGAGUCUUUGUUAUAAGUUAGUAAGCAUCUUAUACUAUGAAAACUGUAUUUAAGAUAUUAAGUUUGUUGUUUUAUGAUUUUCAGUAUAAUGUUGAGUAUAACAGCAUGCUGUUGUCGUCUGACUGCUGCCCUAUCACCGUCAAAAUGUAUAAUAUCACUUUUAACUCUCGUGAAGGGACAACUGAUGGUUUAAGUUAGGUUACGGAAAUUUACCACACUCCGCUGCAAAGAGAACUAGAGCUCUGUGUGAUAGGGUCACGUGUGUUUUUAAAAAAUCCAGACACUAGCAAGAUGAUGUUAGUUAGUUAAAUGGUUGCUCUUAUUUCCUUUAGCUACCUAGUGUUUUAAUUAGUUGGAUUGAUGUUUUUUUCCAUUUUUAAAUCUAAAAUGAAAUAUCUGAAAGAGCAGCAGACUCUAUAUUUAUAAAAGGGAAGCUGAGUAGAGUCAAAACCAUGAGUAUAAACAUAUAAAUGAAUAUGUUUUUUUUUUUUACAAAUUAAAAGUUGAGGAACUAUAUAGAAUUCGUCUGGUGACGUUAAAAACUAACGAUUAAUUGAACCUAAUGAUUAUUUUGUUGCCAGAGCUUGAAUUAUGUAAUUCCUCUGUGCCAUUGACCUCCAUUUCUGUUAAAAAAAAAGAAACUCCUGUAUGAGGGACAUCUGCUAAAGACCACAAUGCCCAGUUGUUAAAGAAAAAGAACGAGAGUUUCCUUUGAAACUGAAUCUAUACGUGUGACCUGUUUUUAUAGAUUUAGAACUACCCUAGAAACCAUGUGAGCUAAUCUGGGCCGGGUAAUGGCCGACAGGGGACUAAUGUUUAACAUGGACUAACAAAUUCUUGGUUUUGGUCUUUUCAUUACACUUGUUGAUUAUAAGAAAAUCCCGAUAGAUUUCAGCCUUAUCCUUCAAAAAAUAUUGGGGAAUGUGAGAACAUUUUUUACCAAAAUAUCAAACAUUUCAUGGCUAUGAUUAAACAGUUAACACUAAGUGAAUCCACUGGAAAAAUGAUCUCUAAAGAGUGUGCACACGUGUACAGAGGAGAACUGGUACUGUUUUAGAGUUAUAUCACAUGAAUCAUAUAAGUAUUUAAAUGAUGAGGUGUCACCAGCUUGUUUUGUUGCCUGGAAUUAUUUGGUAAAAAAUUAGCCUAAAUAAAAUUAGAAACUAGAGCAUUCUUUCGACAAAGUGAAACUAACAAUAUCGCAGUUAAAGGUAUGAGAGUGUACAAGGUGUAUGAUAAUUCUUGCAUUUUUCAUUUGAGUGAAAUAAAGAAGAGAAUGAAAUGAAACAAAGGACUUUAGUCUUUGU